AUGCAUCAACCCGUGGGUUUCCGAGACCCUACACACCCUGACUAUGUCUGCUUACUAAAGAAGUCCUUAUAUGGCCUCAAGCAAGCUCCCCGAGCCUGGUACAAACGAUUUGCUGACUAUGUUUCUAGUAUUGGUUUCACCCACAGCAAGUCUGAUCAUUCUCUGUUCAUCCACCGAAAAGGUAUUGAUAUGGCGUAUCUUCUUUUGUAUGUGGAUGAUAUCAUCUUAACUACCUCCUCUGAUGAUCUUCGCAAGUCUAUCAUGACACUUCUCAACUCUGAAUUUGUUAUGAAGGAUUUGGGACCACUCAGUUAUUUCUUGGGAAUAGCAGUUACUCGUCAUGCAGGUGGCUUAUUUUUAUCUCAAAAGAAGUACGCCGAAGAGACCAUAGAACGAGCUAGCAUGUCGUCUUGUAGGCCAAGUGCCACGCCAGUUGACACCAAACCGAAGUUAAGUGCCACCUCUACCUCACCGUUUAAGGAUCCUUCACUUUAUCGCAGCCUGGCAGGUGCACUGCAAUAUCACACGUUCACGAGACCAGACAUUUCGUAUGGUGUGCAACAUAUUUUUCUAUUCAUGCAUAACCCGAUGGAGGUCCACAUGAAUGCUCUCAAACGUAUUGUGCGCUAUAUUAAGGGCACUCUUGAUCAUGGCUUGCAUAUUUAUCCAUCUAAACCCACCACUCUCAUUUCGUAUACGGAUGCAGAUUGGGGUGGUUGUCCGGAUACUAGGCGUUCGACUUCUAGUUAUUGUGUCUUUCUCGGUGAUAAUGUCAUUUCUUGGUCCACCAAGCGGCAGGCCACCAUGUCUCGAUCUAGUGCGGAGGCCGAAUAUCGAGGGGUAGCCAAUGUUGUUGUUGAGUCUUAUUGGCUACGCAAUAUGCUUCUAGAACUUCAUUGUCCAAUACGAAAGGCUACGUUGGUGUACUGUGAUAAUGUUAGUGCCAUAUAUCUAUCUGGCAAUCCUGUUCAACAUCAAGCACUAAGCAUAUCGAGAUGGAUAUUCACUUCGUCCGUGAACAAGUUGCUCGUGGUCAUGUACGUGUCCUACAUGUCCCAUCGCGCUAUCAGAUCGCGGAUAUAUUUACUAAAGGUCUUCCCUUGGUUCUAUUUGAAGAUUUUCGCGACAGCCUAA